CCGAUAGGAGGAAGUAAACUUUUAAGGCUAUAUAUAUUUUGAACAUAGGUGCAUGUGAGGCACUUUUAUCGAUAAAAAAAAAAAAGUUCAGAAUGGACCUAUGCGUAUACACCGGAAAACCUAGUGACAAAUUAUGUGAAGUGAUAUCCUGCAUUCUGAUGGUGAAAUAAAAAAGCCGAAGCAGCGUUUCAGCUAGUCAACACUGUGUAAUAAUUGUGUCACGCAGUGUAUGAGUGUGCUCCGUUGCUGGAAAACAGCCAUUGCAGUAUUUUCAUUACACACUUCACUACAGCAGGAUAUGCUGGACGAAACUCUACACCAUAAGCAAUGUGAGCCGAAUGCUAUCGACAUAACCGAACCGAAGAUUUACCGAAGUCAGCGUUGUGUUAUCUUCUUAUCACUACCUUCUUCUCAUAAGCAGUAUAAGUAUGGGCGCUCUGUUAUUUGUUUCGCUUUGCGUCGAAGCCUUCCUGCGCAUCGCCAUUUUUUUGAAUGCGACCAAUGAGACAAUGUUGUAUGUGAGUAGUGUAAAAUCAGUGAGCGUGUGAGACGAUUUGACGAAUCAAACGCUAGAUUUUAUUCCAAAAAUAUGGCGGAAUACCACGUGAUCGAGAACGAAAAGAUCAAAGGGCCGACAAAGAGUGACCAUAUUGGUUAUACUGUGGUUAAUGCUACCUCUCUUUAUUCCUAUGUCUAUGGUGCAUCUUGCAUUGUUAUAACCACAGAUCACAGUCAAAGCGCCAUCUCUUGGGGCAGAAACAAACUAUUAACGCACUCAUAUGAUACAUUAUGUCAAGCAAUCUGUAAUUUCUAGAAUCUACGGAGUCUGUCUCGCGUUUUCGGGGUCAUUGUUGUUACUUGUCGGUAUCAUCAGUAUACACUAUGCAAUGGUGGAUGGUGUUUGAGUUAGUUUGAAUCUGAUUGAAUCUAACAUAAUUAUGUCAAAGAUAACGGGCUAUGAUACACAUGACGACGGCCCGGGAUUCGUGGGCAUCAGAUUUUGCCAGGAAUGUAAUAACAUGUUGUAUCCAAAAGAGGAUAAGGAGAACAAAGUGCUGAUGUACGCAUGCAGGAAUUGCGAUUUCAAGCAACUGGCAGACAGCAACUGUAUCUAUGUGAACAAGAUCAUGCACGAGAUAGAUGAACUGACGCACAUCGUUGCCGACGUGAUAUCGGACCCUACGCUGCCGAGAACCGAGGAACACCCAUGCCCAAAGUGCAGUCACAGAGAAGCUGUGUUUUUCCAGGCGCAAACUAGGCGAGCUGAGGAAGAAAUGAGACUGUAUUACGUGUGCACGAAUCAACAUUGCUGCCACAGAUGGACGGAGUGAACGAAAGUGAUGCCCGAGAAUGCCCUGCUAUACCCAGAUCGUUCCCACUUAAUGCGUAAUGCGUAACUUGUUAAGUUGCGUGAAUGUUGCAAAGGAUUUGUACGUGAAACGGCCAGGAUGCAUUGUAAACACGUAGAGUAUCUUAAAGUCUUAAAGAGAAGAAGGAAGUAUAUGAAGUAUAUUCGUGCAAGAGUGAAAUAAAUUACCGUGAAACU